GCUCCGCCGCUUCCCGCCGCUUCCCAUCGCCAUGGCGGUGUUCCACGACGAGGUGGAGAUCGAGGACUUCGAGUACGACGAGGAGACCGAGACCUACAGCUACCCGUGCCCCUGCGGGGACCGGUUCCUGAUCACGCGGGAGGACCUGGAGAACGGGGAGGACGUGGCCACCUGUCCCAGCUGCUCCCUGAUCCUGCGCGUCAUUUACGACCAGGAGCAGUUCAUGCGUGAUGAAGUCGUUGCAGAACCUUUGCCAAACAAGGAGUUGGUUAAAUGCUGAUGAAUCCAUCAUGGACUGUUGCUGCUUUAGGGUGAGAAAGUGUGGGGAUGGCGACUGAGGAAAGAGACGUGGUCCUCCUCCUGGAAGUGCUUGCUGCUGUGGGAUACAAGUGCAAUAAGUGUCCGUCUUCUUAACAUGAAUAAGAAUUUGCUGAGACAUCAAACACAUGAAUGGGUUUUGUUGCAAAGGGUUAUACAUUUUAAAAUUAUAUAUAUAAGUUGCUGUGUGUGUUCCAGAAGACCUGAGGGUUCCGAUCCUAAUUUACAGCAAGUCAGUAUACAGAAGAGGAGUGCAGAGUUUGUGAAAUCAUAACAUUUAGUCUAGCAGUGGUUUCCUAGCCUGUGGAGAUAAACAGGGUUUGUGUGGGUGAAAUGGUGUAAAUGCCAGCUGAAAUGCUGGGGGACAAAAUUUAGGAGUCCAUAGGACAUGAUGCCAUACAGAAUUGACAUGGUGCCGCAUCUCCCAGGAUGUGGGCUCGUGUACUUCCAGCCUAUACUGAAUAUGGAGAGAAAAUAAGAGACCCAGAGCCAAUGUUUACUUAGUGUUGGUAAAUUGUCUUCACUAAUGCAGGCACAAGGAAGCUGUAGUUGUCUUUAUGUCUGCAGUGGGGGCAACACAUGAGUUGGGGCAGAUUUGUUUCUUAAAUUACUUCUAAAGUUGCUUUGAAACAACUUUGGUAGCUGUUACCAAAUGGCCCUGACAUAACAGUGAUAACACUUUUGUGGGUGUUGUGUGAAAUGAAACAAAAGGAGUCCAACCUUUUGCUCCUGCACAGCUAUGUGCAGAUUGCACUAAUGUGCAAGAUUGUAAUUUAACCCUAUUUUCUCAGCAGCUUUGUGAUUUGACUGUUGCAGCAGAUAUAAAAUGGGCUGCAGUUCUUUGUGCCAUUUGUAGUAGUACAUUUGCUGAAUUUCUCAGCCUUCCUCUCUUAGGUUCUGUCACCUCCUGAACAGGAGAUGCACACAUUUCACUUAAAAAGGCAUUUUUUAGGGUAGAAAAGAGUUUGGAGAACAAACUCCACAUUGAUUCCUAGACGACUUCUUGCAUUACAAGCCACUGCACUUAAAUAUUUACUUAAAAUUAUGGUCAUUCCUGUGUUUUAGUAGGAUUUGACAUCUAUGAAGUUAAAUUUGAGGAAAAAUACUUGUGAAGCAUUUAUAUAGUUAGUUUGCUCUAGGCACUAAAGGUCAGCAGGUCUUACUGGAUUCUUGCAUUUAUCUAUUUUUGUUCUUACAACAUUCUGUGAAUGUUGAAGAUAAACAUUUUAGUUACUUAAAAAAAAAGGAAAAAAGAAAAAAAAGAAAAACUACACCUUUCAGUUGGAAGUUUUGAAUGCAAUAGGCACAACCCAGAGUGUUUCCAUGCCUAAACCAGGAGGUGGCACUCACGUUACUUUGAUAGCUAUGCUUUAAGGAAACAAAACCAAACAGAUGUGGUACUUUGGUUAGCUCUGCCUUAUCAAAUAUUUAUUUUGACUAUUUAAAUAAAGAUGUUUAAGACUCUGCCGAUGGUUAUAAUGGGCUUCUGCACCAGCCAUGAUGAUUUUCACAGGUCUUGAGUUGCUGAUGCUGCUGUGGUAAUGACACUGGGAUUUCUUCCGUUUACUUAAUAAAAAUUGUUUCAGUCUAUCAGUAGAUGCUGUAGAGCAAACUUACAGAAACCCUACUUAAGCCCCUGUUCAAAUUUCUACUGCAUAAAUAUCUUAGGAUGUUUCCACAAGUAUUCUACAUAGAAUAGAACUGUCUGAGUUCAAGAAGUGUUUGGACAAUGCUCUCAGGCACAUGGUGUGAUUCUUGGGGUGUUCUGUGCAGGGCCAGGAGUCGGACUCGGUGAUCCUCAUGGGUCCCUUCCAACUCAGCAUAUUCUAUGAUUCUGAGAUUAAAAGGAAGCAGAACAACUUUCAAAUGCAAGCCCAGGGAAUGUAAUACAUCAAAAUAAAUGGCCAAGUGUAGCUUCUCUAAAGGUGCAUAGAUUUUGCAGAAAUCAUUGAACAGAUUUCAUUUUAUAUUGAAGGUCAGGCCCUUUUAAAAAUACCUAUGAAACUUGUGUAGAGAAGUAUUUGUACUCCAUAUGGUUAAAUUCCUACAUGGUUGUAAAAAGUGUUUAUCAAUUGAAUUUUUACUUGGCAAUGUGCCAAGUGAACAUGGCAUGUGACAAUUUUUAAUUGAUUCUCUCUAGUGUUUCCCACUCAUCUAAAAUACUGGUAAUGGCUUUUUUAACAGUAAUUUUAACAAAAUUAAUUAGUUCAUUAAAUCAGUUGGGACUGGUUUAAGUUUGUGCUUAAGGUUUCUACCAGGUGUUGAAUAGGAUCUAAGUUGCAGAAUGCAAUUUAUAGGUACAUGAAAUUACUUAAUGACAUAGUGUAUAUAUCAAAGAUUUAACAAAGUAUGCAUUAUGGUUGCUUUUCUGGAGGGGUUUUUUACAGCGCAACUACAGUGAGGUGUUGUGGCUGUUAGAAAAGGGUGUGGCCACAUUUGCCCACAUAAAUUGCUUUCAACUCUGUCUCAUUUCAGUGUCUCAGAGGUCUCAAGACAGUAGUUGCUGUCUCCCCAAAAAAGGAGGCAAAACAAGAAUGGAUGUCAUGUAUCUCCCUUUUUGUUAUCCUUUGAGAAUCCAAAAGAGAUGUUUAAAAACUUGAGCUGUUUUGUUGCUUUCCCUUCUGCUGUGCAGAGAGUUCUGUAGGAUGAGUUCAUUCUUCAUGAGAGCUCAGUGAUGCUAAAGCCAAAGAACUGCCCCCUUCUGUCUUUUGUUAACUUGUAAGAAGCUUUUGACUCCGGUGACUGCAGUCAUCUUUUAGAAUAUUCUUUCAUACUAUCUAAUUCCAGAACACCAGUCAGGGCAGUGUGAGUAACCCGUCAGAAAUGUCCCUUGUCAGGAAUCCGGUCACAAGGUUCCCUCACAGCACCACGGGCUCUGGCCUCUCAUGCAUUACUUGUGUAUUACAUGAUCUUUGAAACCAGUGGCUCACUUUUCUUCUGAAAAGGCAAUUGUGUAGGACACAAAAGUCUUUUGUCUGCUGUUUGUAUCUGACAAGCAGAUUGAUUGAUUAUGUGUUUGAUUAGGUCCUUGGCUCUGCACAGAGGAGUCCAGUGCAGUGAAAACAGCACCACGUGAAUGUUAAUGGAGUAAUUCAUACUUCCUAGAGAUCAGAGAGGGUGGAGCAACGUAUGGUCAAUUUCAGCUGUUCAAGCUCUGAAAUUGCUCACACUGUUAAGCACCUCUGAACUCCUGUGUAAUACUGAAAACAAGCGAUACACUCCAUUGCCACAGUUUUAUGGGAAGAAAUGGAAGAAAAUUUGCUCUUCAUUAUUAAACUAAAGAGGCUUAGCUUCUCUGAGCUGUCAGGUUCUUGUUUGCAUUUCAAAGAAACUCACCAAGAAGGUCGCGUACUUUUGGCUGAUUGUGCUUGUGUAUCAGUGGCGUACAUGAUUAGCUUUAAAUAGUUGCUCUAGAAGUCUGUGACACAGACCCUGGGCCUCCAAGAUCUGAGGUGAUUGGGCCAUUAAUUUUGCUGUUGCACUUGUUUCAUCGUCUAUAUGUUGGGGAAAUCUGUAGUGCUCUAGAGGACCCUUAUGUAAAUAUCUUUACAUUUCUUCCCUCCAUCGUGAUUUUUAAUUUUGAUUCCCAGCACCAGUCAGAAAAAAAAGAUGCUCCUUGCAGAACAUCAGUUAACUAAAGAUCAUUACAUAGAUUACCAAGUCUAUCUACCAAGAAACACAUACUAAAUAACUUUCAAGUAAACAGGCAAAAUUUCCAUUAAGAAAGUGAGCUGACACCUUGGUAUCGUCACUAAGACAAGCAGAUUCUGCAUAUUCGAUUUCCAUCACCUCUAUUCUAAUUUAAUGCUCAGACCAGGCUAGUUGUAGGGAUAGGUAUUUGCUACACUGAAAGCUUUUUGAAAUGUUUUUACCAAUAGGAUUUAUCAAGAUAUUUAGUGCACUAAUUAAUGUUUGCCAUGAAUUUUCUUCUAGCACAGUUCCAUGUGGAUUGCUCUGAAUCUACUUCGUGGUAACUUAAAAUGCUAAUUUCUUAAUGUCUCUCCAUAGUAGCCAUGGCAUGGAGGAGACAGGGAGGAUCCAAAGGAUCCUGUGAAGAAGCUUGGGUCAUCAACCCUGAAACUGGUCAAACCUGUUGAGGGACAGAUGCAACAACUGACAGAAGCUGUGCCAAGAUGGAAAACAGUUGUCCCAGUGUCACCUGUGGUCAGGGAGGAAGUGGGUCAAAAGAGACUAACCAAAAGGGUAAAACCUUAAGCGACCUGUCAUCACUCCUUCCCACCCCUUCCUGUCACCAUUUCAAUCUGUUUGCAUACCAUGUCAUCUGUCCAAAAUUCUUGGCAGCUCACCAGCCUAGCACAGGCUUCCUGUCACAUGGAAAAUCAUUGCCAUGGCAUUUACCCUGUCACUGAGCACAGCCAGCCAAGAGAAGCUCGCUCCAAAGGCAAGGUGGUGCGUGAAGGUCAGAGCAGAGCUUCCCCGUCCAGGAGUCAUUAUCUUUUAUUUUUAAGUCAAAACCGAGGUCCUUGUCUUGUUGUUUUGCAUUAGGGAAAGGUCUAGUUAUCACAAGACUCAAGGUAAAAUCAUCAGGAGCUGGCAAUACACUGAUUCCGUAAGUCACUCCUUCAGUGCCCUCUUCGGGCCCUUUGUGCUCCAUUGGCAAAUGGUUUUACCUUGGUCUCAGUUGUCCUUCUGGACAAGUUGGAGGACAAGUUUUUGACACAUUCAUUACUUCAAGUAAAAGAUUCCCACCCACCAGAACACUAAAUAGCUGCAUUGUUUCUGAAUAUUAUAUUUUUGUGGGUAGUCCUGUGGUAUUUACACAAAAUAUGAAUUUCUGGUAUAAUCUUCGGAAGAAUGAUAAUUUCACACUCCAUAGGAAAAAAUUACAUUUUUCAAGGGAGGGCUUUUUUUUUUUUUUCCCCAAAUACAUUGAAAGAGAUACUGCUUAACAGUUUGUAUUUCUGCAUGUUUGAUCAUAGGCCUGUUGCUGAUUCUUUCCAUGAAAAUUGUGUACCUAGGUAAUGCAAUACCAUCUUAAGGUAUUUAUUUUUAGACAACAGUGAGACUGCAGCACAAAUUUAUCAUUUUUAUCACUAUAACAGAGACUAGAACUGAUGCUAUAGCUUGUGACAGAUUUUAAGAUUAACAUUUCUUUUAAAAUACAGAAAACAGUAGAUAAAAUAUGAACCCUACAUUAUCCUACCUUUCCUCUCAUUUUGGUAGAAUAUAUUUGACUCCUAUACUCUGCAGAGGCUUCUGUGACCCCCAGUGCACUCCGCAGGUGUUCUCACCCUGAUGGAUUCUGGCAUACGCCCCUUAGCUAGAACCAGACUUUGACAAUUUAUGUAAACAGUCCAGAGGCAGAGAUACAGACAAACCACUUGUCAGAGGGCCAUUUCAGAGCCAGUAGCAGAAGCUUCUGUCCUGGAGGCUGAGCUGAACUGUGGCAGCAAAACAGGUAAGUGCAUCAGAGCAGAACUGGCUGUCCCAGGGCAGACCAAGGGUCUCCUUGGUCCCAUCCCAUCCCCAGCCCUGCCCAGAAGCUCGUGAAGAGUCUAAUAAUGACCAGGGCAAACAUUUGGGGGUGCUUCUCUGGAACACCCUCCCACACAAUUUGAAAGUUGUGGACUUCUUGAGACUGAGGCAUUUUUAUUUAAUAGCAUAGAUAAAUAGAUAUUUCUGUUAAUUUGUCUAAUCACUUUUUGAAUCCACAUCUCAAAAUCCACUACAUCCCCUGGAAAGGAAUUACCCAAGUUAAGUGUGCUUUGUGAAGAGACAUAUGUCUUUGUUUGUUUUGAACCCAUUGCCCUGUAGUUCAUUUGAAGACACCUUUUAGAAAGGAAAAGACAGUUUUGUGCUCUCACCUCCAGCCUACUGAUGACUGUUAAGAUUUUUUUCCUUUUUUUUUCUUCUUCCAGCCUCUCAAGUCUAGUCAGGCACAUUCCACACAGCUGUUCCAUACCUGCACUUGUUACUGUUGCUCUCUCUGAACCUUGCCGAGCUUUCCCACACCAUUUUUGAGAGGGAGGUAGGAACUGUGCAGAGUCCUGGAUACAGGUGCAUCACACACGUUGGCAUAGAGAUGUUUGUUCUCUAUUCUGCUCUCCAUUUUCCAAAAAUUCUUAACAUACGAUGUGCUUUUUUAACACUUGCUGAGCACUAGGCUCACAUAAAAAUCGUAAAACUUUUGUUUAAUUAAGGGAACAACUUUUUAGAAUCUGAGCCUCAGAAUAAGCAUGUCUUUCACCUCCUGUCUCUUGCUUGUGACCCAGAUGGCUUUUAGAAGACAAGGUAACCACUGGCUCAGGUAGUUUUUCUGCCAGUCCCUCCCAGUAGUCGUUCUACCACAACCUUCUAACAGCAGCUGAUGAAGAUGUGCAAACUCCAUGCAUUUUAGUAGGACUGUCCCAGACUGGUUUAUCUCCACUCCUUUCAUCAUUUAGCUGGCUUUAUUUGUUUAGUUUUGUAAUUUGUUACUUCCCUUCCAUUUUAGUUUUAAUUAGCCAUCCACAUUGCACUUCUUACAUGGCUUCAUCUCUUUCUUCAAAGCUGCAUCUGUAUGCCUCUUGUAUUUCCUUGUCUUUGCUACAGUGGCUUUCCUGAUGGGUAUCUGACUUUUCCAGGCAGUGAAGCCUUUUACUGGAGUUGGUGGACUGUUUCAGUGUGAGAUUUCUUUUAAUUUUGAAUACACUGUAUUUACUUUUUUAAAAGAAGCGGGAAUACUGCCCAAGAUGCACAAAUAACAUAACGUCUUUUUUGAAAGAGCAAAUAUUAUUUUCUUUCAUACAAAUCUACUAUUUACUUGUAACUUUAUUUUCUAAUAUUAGCCCUAGGAGGGAGAAGUCUUAGCCUGAAUAAAUAAUGAGUGAUAAAUGUGA